GAAAGAAAUCCCUUCCACCAGCCGGUUGCCGAAAUUUUUCAGGCUGGUGUGUAUCCAAGAGCAGAGGGAGAAGGUCUGGAGAUUGUUGAGGGUACACAAAAGUCGCUCACGUUUCUCGAGUUUAAGCUUUUAACCGAGAAGCUAUUUGAUCAUGUUCAUGAGUUUGAAGAGGACGAGGACGAGAUGCGG